UGAGAAACGAAAGUAAGGCUGUUAUCUUUGCCUGGUCCUCGCAGUGGAGAAGCAUCUGCAGCCAUGGCCUCUGGAGACCCUGUGAAGAAGCUCUGUGAGGAACUGGCCUGUCCCAAAUGCUUGGAGUAUUUCAAGCAGCCUGUGAUGAUCAUCUCCUGUGGUCACAAUUUCUGCCAAGCCUGCCUGGAUCAAUGCUGGGAGGAGAAAGGGGCCUCCUGCCCACAAUGCAGGAAGCAAGUGCAGGAAGGGGACAUAAAGCGGAAUUGGCAACUGGCAAACCUGGUGGAGAUCGCCAAGGAACUGGGGAGCCAGAAGGUGGAAGAGAAGAGGAGAGUCUGCCAGAGGCACCAGGAGCCCCUGAAGCUCUUCUGCAAGGACCACGAAGCCCCCAUCUGUGUGGUGUGCGACGGGUCGAAGGAGCACAAAAACCACAAAGUGAUCCCUCUGGAUAAAGCAUCAAAGGAGUACAAGGAUCAGAUUUGGAAUUUUCUGGAGACGCUGAAGAAGGAGAGAGAGAAAAUUCUGGCCUACAAAGCAGACACAGCACAAGAAAGCCAAGAUUUGCUCGAGAAAACCCAAAGAGAGAAGGAGAAGACUGUUGCUGCAUUCAAACACAUGCAUCAGUUUCUAGACAAACAAGAGAGGAAUCUGCUGGCAAAAAUAGAAGAGAUAGAGAAGGAGAUUUCAGCCAAAGGGGAGGAGCAGCUGGCCAGACUCUCUGAAGAACUCUCCUCUCUCUUGAAACUCAUUCAAGAGAUGGAGGAGAAGCAUCAACAGCCGACAAGUGAACUCCUCCAGGAUAUCAGAAGCACCUUACAGGGGUAUAAGAACAAGGAGGAAUUUGAGACUUCUGCAGCCUUUCCUCCUGCCCUGAAGUGGAAGAUCUGGGACUUCUGUGAUAUCAAUCCCUUUCUAGAGGGUCUCAUGAAGCAAUUCAGAGCCUCUCUGGAAUCUGGCCUUCAGCAGGAAAAAGCACAUGUGACUCUGGAUCCAGACACAGCCCAUCCUCGUCUCAUCCUCUCUGAAGAUCACAGGCAUGUGGCAUAUGGAGAUAAACGGAAAGAUCUUCCUAACAAUCCUGAGAGAUUCAAUCAUUAUACUUUUGUGCUGGGCCAGGAGGAAUUUACUGGGGGAAGGCAUUUUUGGGAAGUCCUUGUGAAGAACGGGGAAAAAUGGUUCGUGGGGGUUGCCAGAAAGUCUGUGCAGAGAAAGGGCACCUUUCCCAGUUUCUUUGACGCUGGGAUCUGGCGAGCGGGAAAGUUAGGAGGUAUAGGUUUGCCCCGAUCUCUGACUCUGAGAGAGGAGCCCAAGAGGAUCCUAGUGACUCUGAACUAUGAAGGGGGUCGGGUGGCCGUUUACAAUGCAGACUCAGCAGCCCUGAUCUUUGAAUUCCCUUCAGCGUCUUUCUCAGGAGAGACCCUCCUUCCCUUCUUUUAUGUGAAUGAAAAAACCCAACUGGAGCUCUCUCCCUAAGGAUGGAGUGCAACGUCCAAAGAUUCCCACCAGCCAAGCUUUAUCUCCAGAGAUGUGGGGCUGUGAGUUAUUUUUGCUCUCUUUCUGAAGCCUCUCUGCUCUCUUUUUACAUCUGUGUCAAAACCUGACUGGGAGGCUGGAGUGUGAAUGAUGAAGCCACUCCUCAUGGCAGUGCUCCGCUCAUGGAUCAGCCGGGGACUUCUUCCUCCCAUUUGGAAAGCCAGCUACAACAAGAACAACAAAGAGGGAAGAAAAGAUCCAAAUCUGUUUUUUGUCUAGAAUCCCAUUUAUUGGAAUUCAGUUGUAAGUCUAUCUGCUCUUGCCUUUCCCGGCGUUUCCCAGAGAUAUAGGCAGGAUUUGGCUAAUAAGUUAAACAAAAGGGGUGAUAAGCCUUGUCUCAUCCCCUUGCCAACUGGAAGCAAUGGAUUUCCUUCUUUUGUCCUCUUAGUGGCCCUUGUCCUGCGUAGAAGUUACACAUUAGGGAACUCAAAUGUUGUGGUGCUCCGAUUUCAUAAUAAACAAUCCACUGUUUUUCAUGAUCUCCAUAAUCAAACGCUUUCCUAUAAACGAUAAAGCACGGAUUGAUUUUCCUCUGAAAUACUGUUCUGCACUCUGUUAUCCGGCAUAUAUAUCAAUAGGAUCCCUUGUGCCUCUUUGUUUUCUGAACGCAGCUUGGACAGCUGGUGUAUUUACUCUGUAUAUAAUAAAAUACUUGUUUUGGUAA